UGAUCGCGCAACUUGCUUUCUGUCGGGUCACUCGGACACCUAUGACGCCAGCCACAAGGUGUGGCGCGUAAAACCGGCGCGGGUACGCGGCAUCGCCUGCCAUCCCUGCUAAAUUUCACCGGCUACGUCACUCUUAUGGUCAUGAGCUGCCCUCGUCACCUGCCAUAAAUACUAAGCAAGACUCCCGCUGUUUGUCAAAUCAACACAUCAUCAGCCCACACUCUACCACCAGCACUUCCAACCACCACACGCAAGAACAACCACCGACACAUCCAACAUGCCUUUCACCGCCAGCGAUAUCUGCAAGAUCCUCCUUGCCAUCAUCCUGCCUCCUCUGGGUGUCUUCCUUGAGCGCGGAUGCAACGCUGAUUUCCUCAUCAACAUCCUGUUGACCGUUCUUGGUUACAUUCCGGGUAUUAUCCACGCUCUGUACAUCAUAUUCAAGUUUUAGCGGGGGCGCGCAAACACCUUUCACGAUGCCGCGAUAACGGCUUGACAAACAACGUCACAUCACGAUACCCAUCUUCCUCUU